AUUUUUUAGCUGUCAAAAUACAACAUAAACAAUUUUUUUACUUAUUGGCGAUAGUGAUUUGCAACUAAGCGGGCCGUUUAUAGUUAAAGUAAUUGUUUAAAAAGUUUAAAAAAAGAGAAAUAAUUGUUAAUUUUAUUUUGAUAAAGUUUAAAAUAUGUCUUCGUCUAAAAUUGGAGUUAUAGAUGAGUCGUAUUUCUUUGGUUGGGAUAUGCUACUGAAAUCAGUUGAAAAGGAUGUUCUUAAAAAGGCUGAUGUGAUUUUAGCAUUAGCCCACUUCAUACUGGUUAGACAUUAUAAAUUUGAAUGUCUUGGCGUUGGUGAAGAUAAAACAUAUACUGAAGAUGAAGUUGGGUCAGAAUUGUUGCCAGAGUUUUGGAACGAUAGCGAUUUUCGUUACAGGUUGCGCUAUGUUCACAAUAAGCAGUUAUAUCUUCUAAUUGGACAUGUUGUAUCUGGUGAUAAGGUUCUAUUUAAUUUGCUAAGUGUUGAUACAAAACAGGUGUCAAAUAUUUUGUUUGAUCCGGAGGAACUGGUUAAAUCGGUUAGAGGAAAAAUUUAUACAAUGAUACCAGAUGCGGCUGCUGUUAGCGACCGUAUUCGUAAAGAGUUGAUUGAGACAGUUAUGAUAUCACGUAAUGAAAUUGAGGCUUCCACUCAAACUGAUCAUGAAACUGUCCCACGCCAGUUUAUAGAUCCACUACGGAUGUCAGAUCCGCCUCGUUACAGGGGACAAUAUCCGGGUUCGCCAUAUAGAAAUGAGUUUCCUGAUGUCGGACGUGGAGAUCUGGACCCGUUUGGUGUUGGUGGUGGGAAUUUAUAUCCGUUUCCUCGUCCUGAUCUAUUAGGAAGCGCCCGACCACGUUUCGAUCCAUUUGGACCACCUGGUGGUAAUGUUCGCUCAAACCCAAAUCCUGAUCAUUUUCGCCCUCCAGGCAACGAUGACUAUUACAUGUAAUGUAAUUAGUUUACUUAAAAUUAACUAUCAAUAUAUUUUGAUUCUUUUUUACAAAUUCAAUUUGUGAAAAAUAUAUAAUCAAUGCAUAAAUAUAAAUAUUUCAAAUUCUAUCGUAAUUCAAUCUGUUUCUUAUAUAAAACAAAAAACAAAUGAACUCAUAAAACUUGAAAAAAAACAACAUCAUAAAAACUACUUGUAACGAAAAUUGUUUACAAUUUACAAUUUGGAGCUUCAAAACAUACAUUUUAAAUAAAACAUUGUGUUUGUAAUGGAAUAUUUUGCAGAUGGCUUAGUAAGAAUAAGGUUAAGGAUACAUUUCACCAAUUAUGCAAAAUAAAUUUAAGUGAAAAAUUAAUAAAGUUUAAAACGAGUAAAAUUCCAAA